GGGUGGCUGGCCGGGCGCGGAGCCACAGUGUCACUGGUGCGGUCGUCAGGGAAGCCACGCGUCAGUGCAGCUCUGGUGUGCGUCAUCACGUGUCAGUGCGGUGUUAGUGAGGUCGUGGCGGCCGUCGCGAGAGCAGCGUCGCGCGAGCGGAGUGCGAGCCGGAGCGGUGAAGCGGCACGAGUGUGGAGAACGAGAGUCGCGCGAACACUGUGCGAGGGAGGAGGAGGUGUAAACACUCGGGCGGUGUUGGUUGGGCGGCGGUGUUUACAUGAUGACGGUGGCGGAGGCGGAGUUGGUGCGGCGUGCGGCGGAGAAGGGCCGGAGCGCAUCAUUUUGCGCUCCCUCCCAGCCGCUGUCCGCCCUCCACUCCGCGCACUCCUCGUCAGAUAUCCACAUGGAUGCCCGAGCCCACGCGGCGGCCUUCGUCCAGGCUCAGCAGCAGGCAUCCUCCAGCCCGAGGGCGAGGCUGAAGGCGUCGCAGGCGGCGCGGCGCUCGCAGUCCUGCCGCGUGCAGGGCUCGCGGCCGCCCCGCGUGCGUCGCAGGGAGUCCCCGAGGGGCUCCGAGGUCGGCGUCGAGCUCGACGAGGACGCGAAUGCCUCCUUCGCGGGCGCCGACAGGACGGGCGGUGAGGCCUCCUACAACCCCUUCCUCCGCAAAGUGCCCUCCUGCGGCCGGCUGGUCACCCUCACGCCCGACGGCGGCGGCAGCGGCGAGGAUGCCGAAGACUCGCCCGUGCUACGCCGAUCAGCGUCCGCCCGCCGCCCGCGCCCGCCCACAGCCUCAUCCCCCAGCCACUCCCCCACGCCCACGCGAGUGACCCGUCCAGCACAGAAGAGCCGAUCGACGGUGAAGAGGAGCUCGGCCAACUCGGGCUCCCGGCGCGGGGGCGCGGCCGGCGCCGGCUACCUCGACGUCAAGCCCUCGGGCUCCAACGAGUGCCUCGACCCCGACGCCUACCUGCUCAGGACCUUCUCGACCACCAACAAAGAACGAAGUGUCUCGGAAAUCGCCCCCCGACGGCUGGCUCGUCAUGUACAGCAUCACAGACAAGGCCUCAUUCCAGCGGGCGGGGGAGGAGCUGGCCAAACUCCACAGCCUCUCUCUGCUUCGAGGACGAGCUGUCAUCCUCGCGGCUAACAAGUGCGAGCUGGUCCGUUCGAGAGCUGUGACUGUGGAUGAUGGGCGCGACCUUGCCUGCAGCUACGGAGGCAAGUUCAUGGAGAUCAGCGUUGGGAUGAACCACAAGUGCGAUGACCUCCUAGUGGGUAUCCUCAAUCAGCUGCGUCUGAAGGGGGAGGUCGAGGUCAACAGUGAGGAGGAGGCACCCAAGGAAAAGAGUUGGACUAGGAACCGCAGUUUGAUGAGAGCCUCCAUGAAGGCCAAACGGGUUAUUAACAGGAUUAUGGGGAAGACAGAAACCAAAUACAAGAAUUGCGAGGACUUCCAGAGCUAGGGUUGUGGCAGUGUUCAUUUUAGAUACUUUUUGGCUCUAUCAAAGAGCCAGAUGGAUUAUUUCAUACUUCAGGAGGAUCCAAAGAGUGACCACAUUACUGGGGAAGCUACUCAUCACCAAAGCCCACUAAAGCCACCUGAACACUAUAACUUUGAACGUCAUUAUCUACUUCGAAGACCUGUUCAGAUUUUUUUUUUUUUUAAGUAAUUGAAAAAAAAAAAAAGAAAGGAAAGAUUUCUUCUUAUUCGUUACUUCUUUUGUGCAUGUAUUCAAAAGAAAGAAACAAGAAUGAAGGAACGUGUUCUCAUUCACGACUUCUUUUAUGCAUCUUUUCAGAAGAAACAUGAAAGAUUUUGUUCACAUUCAUAUAGCUUUUUUGGUGCACCGUUAUAUCUCAUUCUGGAUUUCUGUAAAAGAGUUGUUAAGUUCUGCUAUCUCAUCUGCAGGUAUUAUUCAUUACAUUCAGUCAUGUAAUAUCAAAAUGAAUGGGCUUUACACUGGAAAGAAAAAUCUUUGUGCCUAAAAAAUAUUUGUAAAGGAAUACAUAUACAUUAAUGCAUAUCAUUAUUUACUAAUUGCCAGCAUUUCAAAUAAUUCAACAUAUUGCCAUGAAGAUUAGAUUGAUAAAGCACAUAACAACUAUUAUUUCAAACUUCAAUAAAGGAUAUAAUUGCUACCAUAUUCUAGCAACUGAACUAAUAAACAGGAUACCAGGGCUUGCUAAUUUUGUGCAGCAUUAUAUGAAUCUGAAAGGAAGUGAGAACCUACAUCUGGUCUCGAUAAAUAUAACAUUACCAUUGAUGCGCACAUGCUGAUUAUAUAUCAUUACUUCUAAUUGCAUACUGAAUAGAGAAAUCAUAGUGAAGAUCUUUGUGCCUCAGAGUUGUUUUAAUUAGUUACAUAUUGAACAUAUAUAAAUCACAAUACAAUGUGAGUUACAUGAAAGUAGUAAACAUAUCGGUAUGUUAUUAUUAGUAUGAUUAUUAUCAUUAUUUCAAUAGUGGCAGCAUAAUGCUAUGAACAGUAAAGACAUGAUGAAAUAACUGAAAAUGUAAUAAUUCUGGAAAGGCCUUGUAUUAGUUUCCAGACAAAAACUAAUCAGAAGAAGAAUUCUGAUUUCAGCUGGACAUCAAAGCAACUGGUGUUAAAGGUAUGUUUACUCUAAAAACAAAGGUCAUUAACUCGUGUCAGGUGUAUCAGAGUGGGAACAUAAAAUGUGUGCUUGUCUGUUGGUCAGUUUAUAGAUAUAUACAUACA